AUGAGUAUUGGCUACUCCACUGCCAUCAUCCCCCAAAGGCUUACCAAUUUCCUGUCCAAGAAUCAAAAUAUUCCCUUUGGUGGCUGUGCAGCCCACAUGUAUUUCGCCUUCUGUUUUGGCCCCUCAGCGUGCUUGAUCCUGGCAAUGCUGGUUUAUGAUAGACAUGCAGCCAUCUGUACCCUGCUCUACUUUUCUCUCGUUAUGAGCUGGAGAUUGUGUCUGCAGCUGGCUCUGGCUUCCUGGCUAUCACGGAUUCCCAUGGCAACAAUACAGACUGCAAUGAUGUUUACACUGCCCUUCUGUGGACAUAAUCUAACUUACCAUUUCUUCUGUGAUAACCCCCUUUUCUUAGAGUUGGUGUGCACAGACAGCUUCAUGAUUGAGGUUUACAGUGUAACUAUGAUUGUGAUCAUCCUGAUGCUCCCCUUUGAGAUCAUUGCAUAUUACAACCGCAUCUUCAUCACAAUCCUGAAGAUGUCCUCCACCGAGGGCCGUCACAAAGCCUUCUCCACCUGCUCGUCUCACUUCAUUGUCAUCUCGCUGUUCUUUGGAGCUUAUGGAGAAUGGAUCAGACAUGGCAAGCUUCAGGAGUUCCUGGGAGCUGAAGGUUAA